AUGAUUCUCGGAUGUGUAUUCAUUGUUCUGUUAUUGUCUGUGCGAAAUGCAUUGAAAGUUGGAUUGAUAAACAAAAAUCGUGUCCGAAAUGUUCGUAAUCAUCCUGUUCAACAAACAGAUUUUGUAAAAUGUCGUCUAGCAGAUAAAUUAGUUGAAUUUAUUGAAAUAUCAAAAUUAAAUAGUUGUUCUAAUCAUUCAAAAGAAACACCAAGAGUUUAUUGUUCAACAUGUAAAAAAUAUGUUUGUUUCAAAUGUAUUUUAAUUAAUGGUCAACAUAUUGAUCAUGAGUAUACAUAUAUUGAUGAAGACUAUAAAAAAAUCCUUAGACUUAAUCAUAAACUUCUUGGCUUCAUUCGAAAAAGAUGUAAAAAUAAUCAAGAUAAUCUUGCUGGUCUUGAAUUAGCUAUUCAAACAUUACUUAAUGAUCACAGUGAAAAUUUAAGGCAUACUAAUACAUUUCAACAAACAACAGAUUUAUUAAUCAAGGAAGCACAACAUUUGUUCGAUGAUUAUCAACAGAAAAAACAAAUCUGUAUUGAUGUGAUAAAGAUGGAUGAAUCGAUUGUCAAAGAUAUCGAACAACGUCUUGAUGAAAGCAAAAGUUUAUCUGAUCAAGAAGAAAUCCUUCAAAUACUUCAACAACAUAUUCCUUCAAUUGUGGAAUAG